AUGGGUUCGGGUAGUCACGGGCAGGUGCCGCGCCCAGGUAACGAACUCCAGGGCAGGGACAGAACAAGCAGACGCAGCGCGAAUGGCGUCAAUCGCAGAUUGUCGGACUCGGAUGUUUGCGCGCCAGUUGAGAGGCCGCGGCGCGAGCGGUGGUGGCCGCUGAGGCCAAAAGCGCGCACGCUGACGGCGGACCAGCUGGGUUUCGCUAUCGACGUCUUUCAAAAUAGCUUCUGGGUGCUUUCCUGCUCGCUCAAAGACCUAAGCGGCACGAAGCCCUAUCACCACUUCUUUUCCGUCGUCACCGGCUUUCCCCCCAUCGACGGCCCCCCGGGCGCCUUCAACCGCGCGAAGCGCGCGCGCGCGCCGACAGAGUACGAGCUGCCGGCGGACUGGGUGGACGCGCUCACGCUCAGCUGCGUCGCCACCAAGAAGAACCGCGCCGACGUGUCCCUCGAGCUCUCCGCGGCGCCCUGCCGCGCGUGGUUCGUGCCCGCGCAGGGCUCCUUCCCCGCGGCGCACUGCAUCCAGUUCCGCGGCCGCCUCCACCAGGCAGGCUCGGCCGCCGCCGCAGCGGGGGAAGAGCGGGAGGGCGUGGGGGCAGACGAACAGCAGCCGCAGCAGCAGCAGCAGCAGCAGCAGCAGCAGCAGCAGCAGCAGCAGCAGGGGUUUUCAGAGGAGUUCGUGUCUACACUGGAGGCGCGGGAGCGGUUCGGGUCGGUUCCAGCGGACAACCAGUGGCACGUGGUGAAGCUGUCCGCGCAGCUUGGGGGCGGCGCGGGCGCUAGAGGGGGGGAGGCGCGGGGGAGAGCAGCAUGGGGCUGA